CAUACAUAAAUGCUCUGUUUCCCCUCUUCUUCCGUUAUCUGUCUACAGUCAAUUCCUUUAGGGUCCUUUCAUUCUCUAAAACUAAGCUCUCCAUUCCCUCAUAUACACCUUAGUCUAUUAUCAUUCCCUCACCAUGCAGCUCACACUCCUGCCCCUCCUCUUUCUAGCUAACUAUGCUUUCACACAAUCAACAAACCAAACCCUCAACGCCACACUCUCCGGAAACUCCCAACUCUCGAACCUCACUACCUUCUUAAACGCCAGCCCAGGCCUCAUCCAAGCCCUUGGCCAAACCCAAAAUAUCACCAUUCUCGCGCCCAACAAUGACGCCUUCUCUGCGCUUCUCAGUUCCUCUGCAGGCGGAGCACUCGCUUCUGACUCCGGGUUGGUGAGCGCGUUGCUGCAAUAUCACGUCCUCAAUGGAACAUAUCCCGCCAGUAUGAUCACAAAUAUGAGCAUGUUUAUCCCCACGCUGUUGAUGAAUGAGAGUUAUAGUAGUGUUACGGGUGGACAGAGGGUCGAAGCUGUUAUGAUUGGGAAUGAGACUGUGUUUUAUUCCGGGUUGUUGCAAAAUUCGACUGUUACGCAGGCUAAUAUCAAUUUCACCGGUGGCAUAAUCCAUGUCGUCGACUCCGUCCUCACGCUCCCUAUCUCUGUCUCUGAAACUGCCUCCACCGCAAACCUAACCUCCAUUCGUGGUGCACUGAAUGCCACAAACCUCACCUCUAUUAUCAACGAAACCCCCGAUCUAACUAUCUUCGCGCCAACAAAUGGUGCAUUCCAAUCUAUCGGCUCUGCACUCGCAAAUCUCUCCGUGUCCGACCUCGCCGAUAUUUUAACCUACCACGUUGUUAACGGUACUGUUGCCUACUCGGCUAGUUUGAUGAACGGUACGAGCAUCCAGACAGUUCAGGGAGGUAAUAUCACCAUCACUAUUGAUGCUAACGGCACUGUUUUCGUGAACUCUGCGAAGGUUAUCACGCCAAAUGUACUCGUCGCAAACGGUGUAGUUCACGUUAUCGACAACGUUCUCAACCCGAACGCAACGUCUGCACGCCCAACUCUAUCCGCCACAUCUGGUGCCCCUGGGUUCACUGGUGCCUCUUCUGUAUCCGACGUCCCAUUCACAUCUGGACAACCCACACCGACUACAACCGUGAAUCCCACAUCUAAAGGCCCAGGGCCUGCUAGCACAGGGGUGGGUAGUAGUUCGACUGGUGCGGCAAUACCAAUGAUGACUGGGGCUGUGAGAAUGGGCGCCCUGUUUGGAGCUGGUGCAGCGGUUUUGGUUGGAUAUUAAGUAUAAUGUAAUGUUUACGUUUGAUAAUGUGGAUGGUCAAGGCCAUGGGUGAGAGUUUGUGAUUUGUCAAGAGUGGGAUUGUAGGCUACAAACCCAGCAUAAGGGGGCUGAGAAGGCCGAAGAUUCGUCUCCGCGAAAGUGCCUUCGAAUUCAAAGUUUCAGGCCGAUUUCAAAACCGAAGCCCCUGCCAUCAACUGGUUGAUGGAGCAGAAUUAAAAGGUGGGGCAUUUGAAAGGGCGUCAAAAAAACCGGUGUCCGGUGUCCACCUUUCCAUCUGUCUCGGGUUACCCUCUUAUCUUAGGCUAGCUAACUAACCGUGGCCAUCAAUAUCCUUUGUUUCAGGAACAAAACCAGUUCAUAAUAUGAAUGGAGAU